AUGAAAGAAGGAAACGAAAUAUAAAUAGAACAAAACACUUACUUGAUUAGAGAAAUGCUCGGUUAAGGCUCUUAUGGAAAAGUUUAUAAAGGAUAAACUAAAUUAACUUAAUAAACUGUAGCAAUAAAAAUAUAAGAUAACAUAAGUGAAUAUGAAUUAAUGAUGUUAUAGAAAAUGAAAGGAUAAAAAUUUAAAAAUUUAAUCAAUAUUCUUAAUCUUGAACAAAUAGGUAGAAAGUAUUAUAUAGUAAUGGAAUAUUGUAAAGAAAGUUUAUUUGAAAGACUUCAACGUAAAGGUACAAUCAAAGCAGAAGAUAUAAGGUUCAUUAUGAAAGAAAUAGGAAAUGGAAUAAAAGAAAUUCAUGAUUUAGGUUAUGCUCAUCGAGAUAUUAAGCCUGAAAAUAUAUUGAUAUUUUAAAUAACUGACAACGGAAAUACUUAAGAUUUAUAUAAAAUUUGUGAUUUUGGCACAAUAAAAAAUAUUGAUGUGCUUAAAACAUAAGUAAUUGGUACUGCUUAUUAUCUUGCUCCAGAAUAAGUGAAUGGAUCAAAUUAAUAUUCUAAAAAGGUUGAUAUAUGGGCAUUUGGUGCAUUGAUUUACGAAUUAUUGACUGGAUAGCCAAUGUUUGAUGGUAAUUUAUGAAUUAAAUAUAGGUUCUUCUGAGCAGUAAGUUUGGUUAAAAAUAAAUAAUAUUACUUAGAAACAAAUUGAUGAAAAAAUUUAGAAUAAUUUGAAAAUAGAAAGGAAAUAUAGAACUCUUCUUUUAAAUAUGCUUUAAAUUGAUAUACAAAAAAGGCAUGAUAUUAAUUAGGUUACAUGUGAUUUGAGAGGAACAUCAUAAAUGACUCAUAUGCCAACAAAUGGACAAAAAGAGAAACCUAAUAAUAUAAACAAUGAAGAAAAACAUGUCAAUAAAAAGAAUUAUUAUGAUAUUCAAUAAUUGAUAGGAAUUCCAAAUCCGAUUGGUUUUUAAUAACCCAUUAAUCAAUAAAACUAGUAAAAAAUAUUUAAUAAUUAACCUAAUUAACCUAAUUUACCUAAUUAACCUAAUUUACCUAAUCCUAAUGAUAUUAAAUUGUAAUAAUAAUAAUAACCAAGAGAAAGAAAUACUGACUUAGAAGAUAAGAUUAAGUAACCUAAUUUUCCACCUAGUUUUUCACCUAAUUUUCCUCCACAGAAUUAAUUUAAAUAAUAAGAAUAACUAUUAAACUUAUCUCGAGGAAGAGAUAUUAAUGAAGAAGAAAAGACUAAGUAAUGUAUAUAUCGUUCUCCUUAACCACCACCAUCUACUUAAAAUCAGCCUGGAUAUAGUUCUAUAAGAAGCACGAUGAAGCCAAUGUUAUCAAGAAAACCAGAGGCUCGAGCUUAAAUUGAGAUAUAAAAUAAGGAUAUAGGAAAUUCUUAACCGAUCACACCAAUAUAAUUUUAAAAUUAGCCAGGCUUAAAUAAUGUGAAGGGCAAUCUUCCUUAAACUAAUUUCUAAAAUUAAUAGGAAUAAAACAAAUUUAGAGCUUCCAAUAAUCCAUAGGGAAUAAUUCCUUAAACUAAUAUACCAAAGUAAGUUAGUUCUUAACCAUUUAAUAAUUAAGAAAAAAAUUAAAAUUUUCUUCAAUAAUAAUAAUAAUAAUACAUAAUUCCAAAUUAACAAUAGACAAGAUAAUCCACAAAUCUAUAGAUUAACCAGUUUCCUUAAAAUAGUAUACAAAAGUAAGUCAAUUCUUAACCAUUUAAUAGUUAAAAUGCUAUUAUUUAAUAAUAAUAAUCAAAUUAAAUACCUAAUAUGGCUAACCAAAACAUAUAAUAAUAUAACCCUUAAAAUAAUUCUUAACCUUGUGAUUAAUAAUAAUAAUAGAAUAAUUAAUUUAACAAAGUUCAAUAGCCCUUUAAUCAAUAGUUUCCUUAAAAUGGCAACUUUCCAAAUAAUAACACUUCAACAUAGCACAAUUAUGUAAAGUAAUAAUUUAAGGAUGAUAAUUCUAGUUUUUAAUAAAAUAAAGAUCAUUUGACUUAAACUAAACAAUAGUCUUUAAAUCCAAUGCAAGGAAAUUGCUUUAAUUCAAAUAAUAAUUAAGCUCGUUAAACUAAACUCGCUUCUUAAUAACCAAAUAUUUAAAUAGUAUAAUAAUUUGGACUCAAUUAAUAGACAUCUUAAAAAUAAAAUAAUAAUGCGGGACAUUUGUAUUAAAAUAACAGGCCAACCAAAUGA